AAUCUCGCCCUGCGCUGGAUACACGCGAUGUGUUGCUUUGCUGUUUCGUUGUUUUGAUCGGUCCGGCCAAAGAAGUAAUAUUAGUUGUGUUGUGUGAUUCAUUGUCCAAAAGCUUAAGUGGUUCGACCUUUCGCAAAUCACAGUGCAACAACUUCAGCAGCUGGUGCGGCGGCAAUGGGCCAAGCAAUAAAGAAGCAUCGCGGGUGGGAAAAAUUGCAUUCGGAACCGAUCUCAAAAACUUGCGCCUUGCAAACGCGGUGGUCGUGGUCAUAGUUGGUCCUGUCGUUGCGAUAGUCCCUACGGCUCACACAACCGAUUCCCCAGAUUCACGGAGUAGUACGCCCCACAGUGGUCGUCGCGGUCGGAGUGCGUGCGAAGGACAGCAACAGCAAGUGACCGGAUCGUUCUGAGCGAAUCUAACGGCGAGCAACAAACGGUGUUUUGUGAAAGGUGGCCGAACUUCUCGAAAACGGUGUGCACUUGAAGUGUGUGAGUGUGUGUUUUUGAGUAUAUUUCCGGUUCGUGGAAAAUAGGUGCUAUCAACUGGAAAAGCACACCUUGCUCCUACAGCAAACGCCGCACCGCAGUCGAUCGAUCCAUCCAAACGAGAAAUUCCGUGCCGUCACGUAAUCGCGUGAAAAGUAUCGUCACGAGCAAACUACCGGAAGCACCAAAGCUUGUGGUCGAGCCAGAAGUAGCAACACAGCAACAGAAACCGAAACAAUGUUCACCGUUUGCAAAAGUGCGGCAGGGGCAACGCUGGUCGCCAGCCUGCAAAGGUAUGGCGUCCGCGCAAUGUCCUCGUCGGUGGUGCAGCAUCCCAAGUUGGGCGAGUUCCCGCUAGAAAAUGAGCCCGUGCUCGCCUACCGCAAAGGUUCGAAGGAACGCAAAGAGCUGGAGAGCGCGCUCAAGAAAGCCGCCGGCAAGAUGGAGGACGUGCCGAUCAUUAUCGGCUCGGAGGAGAUCCGCUCGAAGCAGGUCCGGCACCAGGUGAUGCCCCACAACCACAAACACAAGCUGGCCCAGUUUUACUACGCCGACCAGAAGCUAUUACAGAAGGCGAUCAAAACGGCCACGGAAACGCAGGUGAAAUGGGACCGCACACCGCUGGACGAACGCAUCCGCAUCUGGCAGAAGGCAGCCGACCUGAUGGCCGGUCCAUACAGGCAGGAGCUGAACGCGGCCACCAUGCUGGGCCAGGCGAAGACGGUGAUCCAGGCGGAGAUUGAUUCGGCCGCCGAGCUGAUCGAUUUCAUCCGCAUGAACACGUACUACCUGAAGGAGGCGGCCAAAUAUCAGCCCAUCAGCGAGGACGCGAAGGUGACGAAGAAUUCGAUGCGGUUCCGCGGUAUCGAUGGAUUCAUCGCCGCCGUCAGUCCGUUCAAUUUCACUGCCAUCGGUGGUAAUCUGGCGUAUACGCCGGCCCUCAUGGGUAACGGCGUGCUGUGGAAACCGUCCGAUACUGCCCUGCUGUCGAACUAUGUCAUCUUCAAGAUCAUGCGUGAGGCCGGCGUACCACCGGGCGUGGUAAACUUCGUGCCAACCGAUGGUCCCGUCUUUGGCGACACGAUCACGGCCUCGCCGCAUCUGGCCGGUAUCAACUUUACCGGUUCUGUCCCAACGUUCAACCGAUUGUGGCGCCAGGUGGGCGAGAACAUUAACAACUACAACAACUUCCCCCGACUGAUUGGCGAGUGCGGUGGCAAGAACUACCACUUUGUGCACCCGUCCGCCGAUGUCGAGUCGGUGGUGAACGGCACGAUCCGCUCCUCGUUCGAGUUCUGCGGCCAGAAGUGUUCGGCCUGUUCGCGGAUGUACGUGCCGGAAUCGCUGUGGCCGAAGGUGAAGGAUGGCCUGCUGAUGAUCCGCGACACGCUCAAGGUGGGCGAUGUGACUGACUUUUCCAACUUUACAUCGGCCGUCAUCGACGACAAAGCAUUUGCCCGUAUCAAAUCGUACAUUGAGCAUGCGCGCAGCUCCAAGAAUCUGACGAUUCUCGGUGGCGGCAAGUGUGACGAUAGCAAGGGCUACUUCAUUGAGCCGACCAUCGUGCAGACGACCGAUCCGAACGAUCGUAUCAUGACGGAGGAGAUAUUUGGCCCGGUGCUCACGAUCUACGUGUACAAGGAUAAGGAUCUGGACAGCGCCAUGAAGCUGGUUGGUGGCUCGACCCGGUUUGCACUCACCGGUGCUGUGUUCGCGCAGGACGAAGCGUUCCUCAAGCGAGCUCUGGACGAGUUCAAGAUGACGGCUGGUAACUUCUACCUGAACGACAAAUCGACUGGUUCCGUCGUCGGUCAGCAACCGUUCGGCGGUGGCCGCAUGUCCGGCACGAACGACAAAGCCGGUGGCCCGCACUACGUACUGCGGUGGGCCACACCACAAUCGAUCAAGGAAACGUUUGUCCCGCUGAAGGACAUUGACUAUCCGUACAUGCGCGAGUAAGCGGUUCGCAGUUCUUUCCCAAACCCAGUCUUUGGACCCCGGGAAGCUGUUGCUGUUCCGUCUGUUUUUGUUUUUUCUUUUUGCUUUUUCUGUUCGUAUACGACACGAGGAAUGAUUCGUUCUUUCCCCUGCGUCGGAUGACAAUAUUGCGUCAACUUCUGUACAAUCCAGACUUUCGGUGUCAGCUGCAAUUGGUUGGCUUUUACGUUCGUUACCUGGUUAUAUGCCAGUUUUCUUUUUCAUUCUUCGAUUCCUACACCCGGUACUAUGCAGCUGGCGUAGCACCGGGUCCGGGUGACCAGCAGGAUCUGUGUUUGCUUGUUUUGUUUCCCUCCCCUAUUGACAUUACUGGUCCAGCUAACCCGCUACUCGAUGAAGCUUUCUCACGAAAUGUACGAUGAAACCGGAACCGCCGGCAAUGAAACUGGAAAACUGCAGCUCGCAACAGAAAAGCACUCGGUUCCGAACACAAUUUGACAAUACUAUUACUAGCUGUGCAACCGCGAUCGCGCUGCGCAAUACGAAACCCCAUACCAGCGCAUUCGCCCGGUAGAGGACGGCUUCAAUGUUCGAUUUUUUUUUUUACUAUUCCUUUCCUACGUGGAUGUCGCCUGCUCCUGCUCGCUAGGAAAAGGGAAGGCUUUAUAGUGGAUGCGCUCUACACUUGUUGAUGGAUGCUCCGUUUUUUCCGCAAGAUUGUUUCCUUCUUCUCGUUUUCUUUCGGAGAGCUCGGUUCGGGCGAUAGGAAUCGACUCUUUACUGUGAUUAUUAGAACGAGCCAAUUCCGGUUGCGAAUUAAGUAUUACCGCCGAUCGAUGCACAUCUCAUGUGGCACGCGUGUAGUGAUGUGAUAGGGUGAGGACGGGCGCCAUUGCAUCCGCCCUCCGUCCGGUCUGUCUGAUGAGAACGAACGAGAAUACUACAUUAUUAACCAAAAACCUAGAGAUGCGCCAUUUUCUGACCGACCGGCGGCCGACUGUUCGACCCUAUAUUUAAUCAUCAGUCGCAACAUUAAAACCAAAUCUCAAGCCCCCCCCCCCGUCUAUAUGCAUGUGGUGCGUGUGCGUGUAUGUGGCGUGAUGGCCGGAAGUAUACCAGAGACGGUACGGUACGGAUGGAAUACGUUUGCUGCUGCAUUAAUGGACGUUUGAUCAGUAUAAUCAAACUCUACUAUCAUAAGCGUAGUAGCGUAAGCAUGAGACAAACAUACAAUACUGAACGAAAACAGAACAAAAACGAUACAUAAACACACACACACAACAAUAAAUAAGUAAUAAAUGUUUUAAAAAUGAAAAACAUG